GGUCGGGGAAUUCCAAGUUUAUAAAGUAGUUUAAGUUUAUUUCAACUGGUUCAUACGUGUCUAGAGAGUUCCAAAACAAAUUAUUUUAGUGUCCAGUCCAACUUAAAACUAUUAGUUUCAAAAGCGGCAGUCCUAACUGAAGUGAUAAACAAAAUGUUUUGUGAAGUGUGCGGCAUAGUUGAUGAACAUUAUGAUGAAAAUGCGCUUGUUUUUCACAAGGAUACGCCUAAACAUUUAUGCAACUUAAUAUUACUAAACUACAAACACAAAAAACGGUUGUUCAGGAAGAACCGAGAUGGGGUGAUAAUUUUGUGUAGUGCUAAAUAUAUGUCAGAAAACACUACUGGUGUAACUGUACAAGACAGCGAUCACCACAAAAUCAUAAUUUAUGUAAAACCCAAUGAACAAGUAACAUUUUCAUUCAGCAUUCAAAAUGAUAUGAAGAAUGAGGAUUUACUGGUGAUAGGUGUUCAACUAGCUCACCCGCAGCCACAAUUUACAAUGUCCAAACAUCCCUUCAUUUUUGGAAAAGAUCCCAAUAUUUUGAUGAAAAAAUCGUCUAUAAAGGAAGAUGUUAGUGUCAAUUUUAAAGCAGUGGAUAUUGGACAGUACGAGAUGCCUAUAAUGUUUACUUUUCAUAGAAGAAGUGAUGAGAAAAACUUAAUAUUCAUACGUGAAAUGGUAGUCCUGGUACAAGAGGAGUUUUUAUUACUAGGAAGUAACAAAAGUCCAUACACUUCUUCAAAUUGGGAGAAAGCUGAGCAUUUCGUCGAGUCAACUACACAUGUGCCUUAUCAAGUUAAAUACAAAAUUCCAAAGCUAUUGAAAAUUUUACUGCCCCGCGGUCUUGACGAGAGGGCUUUGGAGGAAUUGAAAGAGUCUCCUGAAAAUCUAAUGAAGUUGAGGAAACUAUUAAUAUCUACCAGAGCAAUAUUUGAUGAAGGACCAACAAAAAACAACUACAUGUUAUACUUUCACCAUUUGCUCUGGUGGGAGGAAAUUAUUUCCAGAAUUAAUUUAAGGAAAUAUAAUAUGGCAGGUGUUCAAAUUGAACAAAGAGGAGAUGUUUUUGUGCUGGAAGUGCCCGGUUUGGCUGAGAAAAGACCGUCGCUACUAAGAGGCGAUCGGGUUUUCAUCCGCCCAGCGACAGCUCAGAAUGUGAUAUUCGAAAGUGUCAUCAAGGAUAUUGAUGACUGCCAUAUUCACUUGUCUAAUAUUGAUCAAUCGUUCGCGCUGUGCUACAGCGCGGGCGCCACGUACGACGUGCGCUUCCUGAUGUCGCGCGUGCCCGUGGAGCGCAUGCACGAAGCCGUGUCGGCGCUGUUCAGCAGCAAGCAGGAGAGCCGCGUGUUCCCCCGCCCCGCGCCGCGCGCGCCGCCGCUCCGCGCGCUCGCCAAGUUUUAUAACCCACUAAUAUCUGGCAAUGCGGAACAAAAGUCGGCGGUGGAGCACAUCGUGGCCGGCACUUCGGGCUUGGCGCCUUACAUCGUGUUCGGGCCGCCGGGAACUGGAAAAACUAUGACUAUUGUCGAAGCUAUCAUCCAGCUGGUAGUGCGUAAUACGAAAAAUCGCAUUAUGGUGUGCACUGACUCCAACAUGGCGGCGGACCACAUUGCUCUGACGUUAAUGCAGUACAACAAAAAGCUAAACAUAAGCAACUUCCUCCUUAGAGCCAACUCGCAGUCUAGAGAAUGGAGCGUGAUGCCGCCAGCACUGGCGGGCGUGUCCAACGGCACGAGCUACGAGAGCUUCUUCUCCGUCAGCAACGUGCACGUAUCCAGUUACAGGAUCUUCGUCACCACGCUACUGCACGCUGCCAAAUACGGAUCGAUGAGGAGCCAAGCGGCGUACAAAUUGCAAAUGACGCAUCUGUUCAUCGACGAGGCGGCGCAAGCGUCGGAGCCGGCCACGCUGGUGCCCGUGACGGGGCUGCUGGCGCCCAACGGUCACCUCGUGCUGGCCGGCGACCCGCAGCAGCUCGGCCCCGUCUGCAUCUCCAAGGAGGCGACAGAGAGAGGGCUAGGUCAGUCGCUACUAGCACGGUUGAAGCAAACACACGAAAACCUUUACACAGAUCCAAACUAUAUAACGAUGCUUGUCAAAAACUUCCGAUCGCAUCCGGAUAUUUUGGCAAUACCAAAUGAAUUGUUUUACGAUAAUAGUUUGGAACCCUUGGCAGCCUUAGAUCCACUCAGUGACAAGAAUAUCCUGGGCUCGGAGGGCCGAGAGGGCGCAGUUGUGUUCCACGCCGUGCACUCGCGCGAGCAACGCAUGGGUAAUGCGCCCAGUUACUUCAACGAAAAAGAACUUGAAAUGCUGAAGAGAUAUACAAAGGCUUUAAUUGAAAAACACCAAGUGUCUCCCAAAGAUAUCGGCAUCAUCGCUCCAUACAUUAGACAAGUGUACAAGAUGAAAGGCUGGUUGACCAGUGAGAACUAUAAAGAAAUUGAAGUCGGCACGGUGGAGUCGUUUCAAGGGAAGGAGAAAAGAGUUAUCCUCGUGUCUACAGUGAGGGCUAACUGUAGACUUUUGGACUACGACGCCAAAUAUGGUCUCGGCUUCUUAGUUGACGAUAAGCGUUACAACGUAACAUUGACACGAGCUAAAGCCAAGCUGAUCAUAAUUGGCAACCCCACGUGCCUGACGCGCGACGUUAAAUGGCGUAAAUAUAUGGAUUACUGUCGACAGAAAAACAGUUAUUACGGACAUGAAACACAGCAGAUAGAAAGAAGCUCCGCUCUACUGACAGAAAUAGCUAGGUCACGAUUCGAUAAAUGCCGACUCUCUGACUUUUUAAUGCCGAAAAUUGAAACUGUUACAAAGAAAAAUAAAAAGUAGACGCUUUUGAUUUCUUUGGAACUUUUAAGAUAUAUCGACAGAAAUAUUUUUUCAUAAGCAUUUAAUCUAGUUGUUUAUUUUAAUGAAUGUAAACAUUCAUUAUAUUUUUAUAAGAAAUCAUGUUUGAUACCAUACUUGUUUAUUUUUCGUUUAUUAUUACCGUUUAUGCAUGAAAAUAAGCAGGUACAUGCUCAAUCGUUUUUAUGUGUGUGUAAAUUUUCUUUUUUCUCUUUUAUAUUCUUUAUAUGGUUUACAAUUGCUCCUCUCUCUUUUUCUUUUUAAUUAAUAUUUCCUCCUUUCUUGUCUUAAACAAAAAAAAGAAUCUUAAAUUUAUUUUUCACCACAUAUUUAAAGCUAAUAUUAAAAAAUAUAUCUUUAUAAAAAAACUAUUCCAAAUUUUAGGCUAUAAGACAAAAGUACAUUGAUGUAGGAAUGAUACAAUUAAUAUUGAAUGUACUUCAAAUGUAUAUAUAUUCCUGUGAUAUUAAAAUAAUUUUGAUACUUAUAAAGAGAUGUAAGGUUGAGUAACUAUUUUGACAAAUAUUAUAUAGAGUUACAUUUGAACAUUGAUUAUAAUUGAAACUUAAAUUAGAAUUAUUAUUUUGGUUCUAUUAAUUACAAUAUAUAUAAAAUCAAUACUUAUUAUAAAUAAGUAAAGGGGAAAUUUGUAAAGAUAUUAUUUAAUUUUAAUUUUUUUAUUUGAUUAGAUUAAUUUAAAAUAUUUUGCUCUUUAUUUUUAGUAGAUGACAAAGGCUAUUGUAAAGCUUAAAUCUUUUAAAACUGAAUGUUAAUAUGCACAGUUAUGGUGCUCAAUUUUGAUUGAAAUGCUACAGACCAUUGUAAAUUAAUUUUAAUAUUUGUUUAAAUAUUAAGGAGAUUAAAUUAAUUAAACAAUCUAUAUAAUAUAAUAUUCUAUGGUAAACCCUUCGAUAUUUAAGUAAUUAUUAAAAUAAGCUACAAUUUUUAGAAAGAAACUUUUGCGUUUUUUUAUAUAAACAAUUAUAAUAUAUGUUUUUUUUACCAAUUUAUACAAAUUGAUAAAUGGAUUUCAGGAAUAAAUUGAACAUUUAAGGAGACAAAUAUAUCCUUUAGUUUUAAGAUGUAGUUGUUAUAAUAAUAAGAAAAAAUAUAAUUAUAUAUAUUACAUCUAAGUUAUCAUAUGAUGUGUGUUAGCAAGUGGAUUAGUUACAUAGGAUUGACUGUGGGACGACAGUCGAAAACUAAAAAUAAAAACUUGUAUUUGUUAAAUAAUUCAAUAAGACAUGAAUGGAAUCACCGUCGAUGCUAUAUGACUAAUUCUAGUAAAAUUAUUAUAGGAUUACCAAAUGUUUAAUUUAAUUUUUAAAUUCGUAUUUUACUAUACAACAUGAUAAAAAAGUUUUGAUCGAAAUAAAAUAUAUUUUUAUAGA